CUCGCGAGAACUCUCAUCCCUGCUCGUGUCGGCGAUGCGAUGCUGGUGCUGUUGCUGCGAAUUUGAUUGACGCGAACAUGUCGGUGUGGUGGGGGAGCGCCGGGAUGCAGCUGAUGAUGGUGAUCCAGGGGAGUACAUGCAGUCAAAUCAAACGUUAUCGUUAAGAAAUAUCACCUGCCGUUAUCUUUACGUUGUGGGUUUUCCUUUAUCAUCUGUGAUGUCUCAAUCUGUGUUGCACUUCACGAGCGCGCAAUGGAUCUAGCCGAUGCCGCCGCAGCGAGGAUCUGAUUUUAUUUGGUUCUUUCCUUCACAAUCUGUGUAUUAUGGUAGACUCGCAAAACACAAAGUGUGCAACCCUGAUGCAAACAACGUCAGGAUAUCCAAGCAAUGACAACGAUGGAAUCGCCGUACACGUAGUCUAGUUUUCAUGACCACACACACGAGUGUCGCUUAAAUGUAAUUGACGCUCACCUGUUUGUGCUUUCACGAACGCACCAUCAAAGUGAUUUCGUAUUGAGGAAAAAAGUAGUGUGCACUAGAGGGAACGACCACUGCUCACAAAUUAUGGACGAGGAGAACAUGACCAAAAGCGACGAGCAUCUUCUGAGUUUGCAGAAAGCCUUGCAGCAGUGCGAACUGGUGCAGAACAUGAUUGACAUCAGCAUCUCCAGCCUGGAGGGUUUGAGGACCAAAUGUGCCACAUCCAACGACUUGACACAGAAAGAAAUCCGAACCCUGGAGGGUAAACUGGUGAAGUAUUUCAGUCGGCAGCUCUCUUACAAGCGUAAAGUGUCCUUACAGGAGAGGAAUGUUGAGCUGGAUGAAUUCCCUCGACUUGAACACUGGUUUCGCAUUGUUAACAUGAGGAAAGAGGUUAUUAUGGAAAUCACCCCGGGUGAGCUGACACUGGAGGCUCUAUUGGAGAUGUCGGAUGAACUGGUGUGUGAGACACUACAGAAGUUCGGAGCAAACGACGACGAGUGUGCUCGUCUCAAUGCCUCGCUCACGUGUUUACGGUCAGCCCACAAAUCAGAACAACUGGAGGACGACAAGUUCCAGAGUAAUGGAGGAUCCAGCGGUACCCAGCCCAAGCAGGACUGGUCCAUUCAAUGGCCUACUUCUGAAUCGGGUAAAGAAAACACCCCAGUGGGUCCAGCGGACCACAGUCAAUGGGUUCGUCUACAGCUCUCCCAGAGUCCUAAACUGCACUCCCGUUAUAGCCAGCACUUAUGUCAGAGCCCCCAGGCGCUGGCGCCCCCCUUUUACUCUCCUCAUCUACAGUCUCAGGCGGACCGGCUAACCGUGGACGCUCACUGCGGCCUGUUUCCGUCUCCUCUGGAUACAGGACAUCACUCUCUUCCUCCCUCCCCCAGACAGAGGCACUUUGCUCACACACCUCCGCGGACUCCUUUAGUAGUGAACACCAUGACCCCUCCGGGCACUCCACAGGUCAAGCGCAGGAAUAAACUAAAGGCUCCAGGAACGCCGCCGCCUGCCAACCGGAAGCUCAUUCAUCUUCUUCCGGGGUUCACAUCUCUGCACCGCAGUAAAUCUCAUGAAUUCCAGCUGGGAAACCGAAUAGACGACGCACAGACGCCCAAAGCAAAAAAGAAGACCAAGCCCUUGAACCUGAAGAUCCACAACAGUGUGGCGGGAAGCUGUGAAAACCUUCCCACCCAGCGUUCUCCGCUCCACUCGGAUCACUCCCUCCGUUCCUUCUUCUUCCCAAGUUUUGUCCCUUCGACGCCUCCUGUGCACUCCGAAACCCCUUCAGCAAAUACCCUGUCGGUUCCUCGCUGGUCCCCUCAGAUACCUCGCAGAGACCUUGGCAACUCCAUAAAGCACAGGUUUUCCACAAAGUAUUGGAUGUCACAGACAUGUAUCGUCUGCGGAAAAGGAAUGCUGUUCGGCUUAAAAUGCAAAACCUGCAAAUUGAAGUGCCACAACAAAUGCACCAAAGAAGCGCCACCCUGCCAUUUACUCAUUUACCACAGAGGAGAUCAAGGGACGUCUCAAACUCGUCAACUCGUCAGGACCGAGUCGGUACCAUGUGACAUAAACAACCCCCUCAGGUACUCAGAUCUCCACAUUAGCCAGACGCUCCCUAAAACCAACAAAAUCAACAAGGACCACAUCCCUGUACCGUACCAGCCUGACUCCAGCAGUAACCCCUCCUCCACCACCUCAUCUACCCCAUCAUCCCCAGCACCCCCGCUGCCACCCAGCGCGACGCCCCCCUCUCCUAUGCAUCCCUCACCACAGAGCGGCAGACAGCAAAAACAGUCCAACCUUAUAGCAUCUCAUUACUACAAAUACAGGCAGCAGUUCAUCUUCCCUGAUGUGGCCCCUGAGGUCCCCAGCAGGGCCCCUCAGGUCAUUCUGCACCCUGUGUUGUCUGAGCCCAGUACCAAAGUAAGCCCUCUACUACAGAUCGAGGUUGAGCCAACAUCUGAUAAUGAGGAAGGCAACGAUGAGGUGGAGGGCUCAGCGGACGAGUUUGAGGAGAUGAAUCUUUCCCUUCUAUGCGCACGUAACUUCCCGCGCAAGGCCAGCCAAACCAGCAUCUUCCUGCAGGAAUGGGACAUUCCCAUGGAACAGCUGGAGAUUGGCGAGUUAAUCGGCAAAGGCCGGUUUGGACAGGUUUACCAUGGACGCUGGCACGGAGAGGUGGCCAUACGGCUAAUCGACAUUGAAAGAGACAACGAGGAACAGCUGAAAGCGUUUAAACGGGAGGUGAUGGCGUACAGGAACACGCGGCACGAGAACGUGGUCCUGUUCAUGGGAGCGUGUAUGAGACCUCCUCAUCUCGCCAUCAUCACCAGUUUGUGUAAGGGCAGGACCCUGUAUUCAGUGGUACGAGAUGCAAAAGUCGUUCUCGAUGUAAACAAGACCAGACAAAUUGCACAAGAGAUGGUGAAGGGGAUGGGCUAUCUACAUGCCAAAGGAAUCCUUCACAAAGAUAUGAAGUCGAAGAAUGUGUUUUAUGACAAUGGAAAAGUGGUCAUCACAGAUUUUGGCUUGUUCACAAUAUCUGGCGUUUUACAAGCGGGCAGUAGACGGAAGGAUAAGUUACGAAUCCCAAGCGGCUGGCUGUGUCAUCUCGCUCCCGAGCUCAUCCGUCAGCUUUCCCCUGAGACGGCAGAAAACCAGCUUCCUUUCUCCAAACAGUCUGACGUCUUUGCGUUUGGCACUAUCUGGUACGAGCUGCAUGCGCGCGAGUGGCCCUUUAAGAAUCAGCCGGCUGAAGUCAUAAUCUGGCAGGUUGGCAGUGGAAUGAAGCCCAACCUCACGCACAUCGGCAUGGGCAAGGAGAUAUCUGACAUUCUGCUGUUUUGUUGGGCGUACGAAUCGGAGGAGCGACCCAGCUUCUCCAAGCUGGUGGAUCUUCUGGAGAAACUCCCCAAACGCAACCGUCGCCUGUCACACCCCGUGCACUUCUGGAAAUCAGCUGAGUAUGUGAAAUGAGCUAAACUACAACAACAAAUAAACAAACAACAUAAACGAGCGCUAAACUAUACGAUCGAGAAAUAUAACGUUAAUAUUAAAACAAAGACUCCGUCAACGUGGCUACGAAAACCUCACGAAGGGUUGCUACAUGAAUUGUGCAUGUAUUUUGCGACGUAAUCAUUUAGCGCAAUAUAUUUUCUUGUGUUGUAUUUGAUCAUAAAACAGAUUUGUUUCGUUUUUUGGCUUAAUCUGUUCGCAUAUUUCAACUGCUUGUGAUUAUUUCUCAUUGUUAUCUUUGAAUGAAUUACUCCACUUUUGGUGAAUGUCGUUUUCUUUCGUCCGACCACAUAGAUGAUGCAUUUUUAUAAACGAUUAAAACUUGUUUUAUUGUAAGUGAGUUUUUUGUCUGUAUUGUUAUAUAUAUUUUUUUAGAUUCAGUAUUUAUUUUCUUCUUUGAGGAAAUGUAUUCUUCAUUUUCUUUCAUUCAUGGUCUAUCAGUGUUUCAUUGAUUUCCAUUCUUGUGUUGCGCAUCGUUAAUAUUUUUACGCUGGGACGUUCAAAGCUUUACCAUUAGGGAGGUGUACAUGUAUAUAUUCUAGAAUGUGCGAAUUUCUCUUCCUGUUGCGUUGUAGAUAAGGUUGUGCUCUCAUUUGUGCAGUUAGCAUUGCCUAUAGAUGCGACGGCGCCGUAUUGAAACGUGUCGCCGUCUGGCACGUAUGUAUAUUAUCGACACUUGAAUUGUAUCAUGCCUAACUGUGACAAAACAAAGUUACCUGGGGUAAAAUGCUAUUCCUGAGCCUACGAUGAAAGGGAUAGAUAGCCGACCGUAUCUAUCACACUUACGAACCUUUUACUUAUCAUUGCAUACUUAAGAAUGUUUAAGCAUAAAUUAAAGCUUUGCGUUGUUUGUACUAUAGGUUACACAUUCUUGUACUGUAAAGAAUAUAUCAUAAGUAACAGUGCACAUUUCUUCGCACACACAUUUGUAUAUUAUUAUAUAGAUCACGUCUCAUUAAUAUGACUGUUGCAUGUUGCAAGUUAUGGAUUGUGUCCAUGUUGUAACACAGAACGAUGAUCACGUCAACACGCGUGCGAAGGUUCGAUUCGAUCUCUUUUAAGUUCGCUGUCGCUAGUUGGGUAUGGCUUGCCGAAAAACGCUAAACCGCUUUUUCUUCAUCUCAGCGCCAAGCAUUUACAGACAAUCCGCUCACGUGUAAAGCCAUGGUUGCCAGUGUCGAAAUGCUCACAAACUUCUUGCUGCUGUUAUUUUUCAAAGUCUAUUUUAGGAUGUCGUCGGGUGGGCGUUUAUAUUUCUACAAUGCAUGUGAACCUUUUUAGGGGGUCUGAUCAUGUCGAGACCCUCAAGAUAGGACCACAGUACAGUAGUUUUACAAACUACGAUGAACUCCUGACGAUAAUGUAAGAAAGUAAUACAAAUAAAGUCUAUAUCAGGCCUAGAAAGGCACAAUUUUAAACCUACUGUAUAAAUAUAUGGAUGUACUCGAAUGUUUAUAAUAGGACAAUGAGGAAGUGUGUGGACAGUGUUUUCGCACUGAAAAUGUAAGGAGAAAUCGGAUUUUGAUAAGCAGCUUCCAUAUCAGGCCUAUUUAACAGGCUGUAGACUUUGCUUAAUGAUCUGUUGCUGUAAUUAAUAUUCAAAUCAUUGAAUCCGACCUCAUUGCCAUCUAUUAUUAUUAUAUUUCUGCGUCAUUAAGAAUGUAUGAAUUGUAUUCUCUCUCUCGCUCUUUGUGUGUGUGUGUGUUUUAUUUUUUACCCAUCCAUGCAUUUAUUUGGUGGUCAUUAUUUAUUAACACUUUUCCAUCGCUCUAGUUUACAUUUCUUUUACUGAUAUUGUGUGCGCGUCUUUGCGGGUUUAUUUGAGUUUUGUAUGUAUUAUUUGUUGUAAGUAUAUAAAAGCUUGUAUUUACUGAUGCCUUACGGCUCAUGGCUUAGCGACUGGUACUCAUCCCAAGCUUUCUUUACAUUCAUCCUUUAUGAAGAUGUAUGAAAAUAAAAAGGUGUUGAUUUUGGACUUUC